UUUGAAGUUCCAAGUCGGAAGCUGCCCCCGAAAUAGACAUCGAUUGCUAUUGUGAAGUUUUACAGUCCGUAGUAGAUAUGCCACACAAAAAAAAACGAAAAAGAGUGACUUUUUAGCGUGUCAUUGACACAAAACUAAUCCGACUGGUUGCUAGGAAGUCCAAAGAUUACUUUUAAACCGUCUAACUGGUUAUAAUCUGCAUUUCGUGUCGUUGCUUGCCCGUAUGUAGUUUAGCUAGCUAUGUAGCUAAAUAGAUUAUAUCACAGGUUUAAAGAAUGCACUGGGAUAGCAAGCCGAGAGAGCAGUAAAGGAUGCUUCAGGGCCCGUACGUAAGCCUGGACCGGGACCGGCCCCUUAUCCGGCUCCCCUACACCUCCUUUACCAUCGGGACACUUGUGCUUCCUAUUACUGGACUUGUUGUCUCCCUCUUUAUUUCUUUGGUGUACCAUUUUGAAGAUGCCAUAUACACACACUGCCAUGUGUCCAACUACCUCCCGUCCAUCAGUGGCGCUAUCAGCCGCAUACCAGAACGCUACAUCUGGCGCUGCUGCAUAGGUUUGCACUCUGCGCCCCGAUACCUGAUGGCCGCCUCCUAUUUCCGCUUCUACCGGAGCCGCUUCGCCGAAAAGCUUCCUGAGCUGAUCCUGAGUGGGCUGGCGUUUUUAUGCAACCUCACUGAAAACUCGGCCUUGCUGCUGCUCACGUACGUGGCAUCCACAGAAGACUACACUGUUCACAAAUAUGCCUUCUUCGUUUUCAUUGUGAGUUCACUGCUUCACAUGCUCAUAACAUGCCGACUGUGGCAUGUCAUCAAGAAGCACUAUGUAAACCCCGAGGAGGCGACUUCGUACAAGUGGAAGCUGCGCCUGUUCCUGUUCAACAUAAGCUGCUGUGUGGCGGCUGCGUAUUUCUUCAGACGCCACAAUAAGCACUGCGAGACCGGAGUCUACACGCUGUUUGCUUUCUGCGAGUACCUGGUGGUCUUCUCCAACAUGGCCUUCCACGGCACGGUGCACUGGGACUUAGGAAACCACAUGGUCAUGGUGGCCCCAACGCCUGAAGACAAACGAUACUGAAACGGCAGUGGACUCUUUUUAAAAACACGUUUUUGACUGUGAACCCUUUUUAAAAAAAAAAAAGAGAGAGAAGUGCGGACUCAACUACAACAUUCCAACAGCCCUUGUACUGCCUGUGAAGUGUUAAGAGGUUAUAUUUUUAUUUUUUAGCAGUCAAAAACACUGAGGAACUGCUUGUUUAUUCAAAUGUCCUUAACGUGGAGAACCUAAUUUUUUUAAAUAUACAGAAUGUGAAUGUAAAAAAAGACGGAAAGAUUAAAACAGUAUGAUCAAAUGUCUUCACGUUCACAAAAAAAGAAAAGUCACUUUCAAAUCCUGUGCAGAAUUUAUUUAACAUGAAAACAACCUUCAAUGUGUUACAUGUACUAAGCAGCGGCCCUAGGGGCCACCAUUGGUAUAUUCUCUUAGGCGCUGUAAAAAAUUAACUCUGACAUCUCAUCGGCGACUGGAGAGAAAGUCCAGAGAAUCGGCAGACAGGAAGAGGAAGCGACUUCCAGCCUGUUUUAAGAGACGUUGUGAGGGAGAAGACGACACCCUGAGGGAGUGGACAAUUCACGCCACCGCAUGUCCUAUUUGCUUCUAAAGACGUUUCCUCCUCAAGGCCUCUGCAGGAAAUGUUGUUGUUGAUUCAUUCCGUCUGCUUUCACGUCUUUGGACAAUGAAAGAAAAUCUUAGCGAAAUUGUUACAUCUGAAUCAUUUCUUUACAAUUUUAUUUAACCUAUAUAACUAUACUUUUGAAUAUAAUUUUUGAUCAGUAAACAAAAACAAAUCAUCCCUCCCGACUAAUUGGAUUACUUUCUACUGAGAUGUUCUUUUCUCAUAACAUUUAAUUAAAAUUAUAUUAUAAAGUC